AUGGAAAUGAGUUUCUGCACGAUUUGGGAUGCAAACGCCACGCGGGAGUUUCUCGAUAGCCGCGGCCUGACGGACAGAGAACAGGGAGACAUUGGGCCUGUCUAUGGAUUUCAAUGGAGGCAUUUUGGCGCUAAGUACACCAACAUGCAUGCGGAUUACACUGGCCAGGGUAUAGACCAGCUAAGAGAGGUAAUUCAUAAGCUGAGAACAAACCCUUACGAUCGCCGCAUCAUCAUGACGGCCUGGAACCCCGCAGGCAAGGGUUUAGGGAUGCAGCUGUGUGUGUGCAUCGGCGUUGGGGUGUAUACGCAGCUGAGCAUGAACACCUACUACUAA